GCACGGCCGCAGGCAGAGAUUCCCUGGAAAGACCCGAGUGUUCUGCGGCGUUGCAGCCGCCCGUGGCCAUCCCGGCGGCGGGGCCCGAGCCGAGCCGCUCCCUCCCUCUUACCCGCGGCGGCUCUCCCUCCUCCCUCGGCCGCCAUCACUUCCUGAGGGCGGGCGCGGGGCAGCCCUGAGGGCGGGACGGGGUGGGCGGUGGGAUGGCGGCUGUGGGACCGAAGGACGGGGAUGGCGGCUGUGGGACCGAAGGACGGGGAUGGCGGCUGUGGGACCGAAGGACGGCGGCGAAGAACAGCCUGGCGACGUUCCUGGAGAGCCCAGCGGAGGCCGGAGAGCCCGGGGCAGGCUGAGGGAGUGCCCUGAGCCCCCGCCAUCGAGGCACUGCCCUGGGCGAGGGCCAGCCCAGCGCUGCGUCUGAACUUAACAAAACUCCAAUACAAAUCCCACGUUAUCUGUUUAAAAGGCACAGAACGACAAGGCAUAGAGCUAGCGACAGUUUCUGUUAACCUGGGGAGGCGAGGGGGGAGAAGCAGUUUAUGAGGGAAAAUAUGUAUAAAAAUUACAUUUUUAUAGCUUUCUGCAGUGAUCAUUGUCAAUCUGAAAAAGGAGUUUGGAAGACCUAGGCAAGCAGCCUGCUGUUCAUUACCACAAACCAUUAAACUGAGGGUGAAGCAAUCUCAGCCCAUCCACUGAUAUCAGAUCACCACACCUUACAGAGCCUCAGAGGAUUUCAGCACAUUCUGAUGAUCCUUUGUGCCUUCCACACACGGCCCGGAGGUUUGGCCAUGCCAUGGUCCAAGGUCUAGUUUGAUGCAGCAUUGCUGUGUGACCCUGUGUGAGUUUCACUGAGGAAAAUCAGAAAGUACAUGAGUUAAAGCCAUGAAAUUAAGCUGAAGUCACAGAAUUGCUGUUCGUGGGACAACAAUAGUUAGCUGGUAAAAGAUUCAAGUGAAAAGAUAAAGAAGGAAAAAGAAAAAAAAGGCAGAAAACAUGAUGAUAACUCAGUAAUGCUGAGGAUGAGCUCAUACCAAUAAAUGUCAGAGACCAACUUUCCCCAGCGUACUGGAAACUUCCUGGCCAGCUAAAACUCAUCAGUUUUCUUAUCAGGAGUGGCCCCCCCCAUUGGUUCUCAGGCUCCAGUUUAAUGAAGACAGACCAGCUCUUAAACUCACCAGUUUCAGCAAGAUACAACCCAGCUUCUAGAGUUCCUCUGACCUUGCAAGUUGGAGUGAGAUUUUUUAACAUGUUGCCUGUUAAAGGAUAUUACUGAGUGGUGAAAAAUGUUGCUGGAUAUUUUUCAAGAAGUUUCUCUAAGCCUUUCCUGUUCUUCCUAAAUCCUAUUACAUUUGGGGCAGUCCCAGUCAGACAGCUGGGCAGUCAGACUUCUAUCUUUAAUAGAGACGUAAUAAUUUUUGCUUUAAAAGCUACAUGAGUCACGAAUCAUCCCUGUCAUGUGAAUCCACAUGCAUCACAGUUGGAAGAAAAAAGGUGCUCUAAAUGAAGUUUGCCACAGAUACCUGAAUCAUAACACUGUUUGGAACUGAAAGACAACAGGAUUUCACCUUCUGGAGCAGAGAUUUCAUGGAUUCAAAUUCCAACACCGUGGUGGUAACUGGUUUUGGUCCCUUCAGACAAUACCUGGUUAAUUCCAGCUGGGAGGCAGUGAAGGAGCUGUCCAAGAGAGGCCUUGGUGAAAACAUCGAUCUCCAGGUCAUGCAGCUGCCAGUGGUUUACCAAAAAGCAAAGGAGCAAGUCAUCAAGAUAUGGACGACUCUUCAGCCACUGCUUACUGUUCACGUUGGGCUGGCUUCAUCCACCACAGUCAUCAUCCUGGAGCAGUGUGGGAAGAACAAAGGCUACCAAGACAGGGAUGCUUGUGGUUUUCACCCAGAAGGUGCCUGCUGCGUGCUAGAUGGCCCAGAAAAGAUUGAAUCUACAAUUAAUAUGAAGACUCUCUGGAAAAACGUUUCAGUGGAAGGGAUUGAUAUCAUCUUCUCCAGAGAUGCAGGGAGGUACAUCUGUGAUUACACCUACUACACUUCUCUGUAUUAUGGCAAUGGAAGAGCAGCUUUCAUCCAUGUGCCUCCAUUAUCCAAUCACUUCCUUCAAAUCACAUGGAGCAGAGGUGCUGAACAGCACAGGGAAAAAUAACUACGGGACAGAGGCAAGAGAAGAUAAUGGGACCUAAACUACACAAGCAAAAAGCACUACAAACUUUUUAAAAUCUCCAGUCAAAACUAGCAAUCAGUAUAUUUUAAUCCGUUGUUCUUACUCAAAAGAUUUGAACGUUUCCAUCCCAGAACCACCUCUUCCUGCCAUCGUUUGGUUGGAUCAGUGCUAAACAAAGGCCCAGACGCUGGAACUAAGGUAAGAUGAGCAACUGGUGCAACUCCUUGGUUGUCGACUUCCUGACGGCCCCUCCUUCCCCUCUCACCAAGGCUUCUGCAACUGAGCAAACAAGCUCACUCGUUUUCUUUUGUUCUGAGGUUUGGUCUAUGAUUUAAGCCACAAGCUUGGACUUGUACAGGUUUCCAUAGCUGCCAACACUUCACCGUUUGCCAGCCAAGCCGCUGGCCCCAGCUCUGUGCUUUCCACCCAGCUCCACAGAAAUGGGGUGGUGGCUUCGUUUGGUUGGUGCUUGUUUUCCUCACCAGGGGUGUGAAGUGCAGCCCAGGUGCCCUCCCAGGAGGGUUCCCCUCCAUGAGAGCUUUCCCAUCAGGAAGGAGAAGAGCUGGGGUUGGUUGGAGCCAGGUGUUCAGUGGCCACCCUAGGAAUGCCUGGCAUCAUCGCCAGCUGCACCUGGCACAGCUCUUGUUCACAGGGUGGGAGGGCUAAAUAGUCCUUUUACAGAUCAGUGACCCAAAAGCCUGGUUGUCUGCUGUUGUACCCAACAAAUAAUUUAAAAAGAAUACAUGUGUGUGUGUGUCU